CGUGUGGGCUGGGUCUGGAUGGAUGGAUAUUCUGGAUUUUUUUCCCCCCCCUCUUCAUCAGCAUCCUCUACAAGCUUGUGACAUCGCCUGUUUUCUGAGAGAUGCUCAGGGCGGAGGAGAUGCUGCGGUCAUCGGGGGGUGAUGAAAGCGGCUCACAUGAGGCGUGUCUGACUUGUUUGGCUGCCUUCACUAAAUAAAAUGGGAGUUGCUGCACCUGUACGGAGAAGAGAAAUUAUAUGGACUCAGCGCGAGGUAAUGGCUUUUUUUAACGUGGUGAGGAGAGGUUAGGUUUUUUGUUUGUUUGUUUUUUUAAGCUAAAAUGUCCAAAACCAAACAUUGUGAGGCGGUCAGGGUAGUGGUCCGCUGCCGGCCGUUCAGCAGAAGAGAAGAGAUAGCGGGGUCUGAAAACAUUUUAGAGAUUGAUGACAAACUGGGGCAGAUCACCGUCAGGAACCCGAAGGCACCACCUGAUGAGCCAAUGAAAGUAUUCACGUUUGAUUCUGUUUACGGAUGGAAUUCAAAGCAAAGCGACAUUUAUGACGAUGCGGUGAGACCUUUGGUGGAGUCCGUGCUCCAAGGCUUCAACGGGACUAUAUUUGCUUACGGACAAACUGGGACAGGUAAAACCCACACCAUGCAAGGGGUUUCAAACGACCCAGAGAGGAGAGGUGUCAUACCUAAUUCAUUUCAGCACAUUUUCACCCAAAUAUCCAGAACCCAGAAUCAGAAAUACCUGGUGAGGUCAUCCUAUCUCGAGAUCUACCAGGAGGAAAUCAGAGACCUGCUGUGCAAAGAUAACAACAGGAAACUGGAACUUAAAGAAAGCCCAGACUUUGGUGUGUAUGUUAAAGACCUGUCUUCAGUGGUGACCAAGAAUGCCACAGAGAUUGAACAUGUGAUGAACAUAGGCAACCAGUCCAGGUCUGUGGGGUUCACCAACAUGAAUGAACGCAGCUCUAGGUCUCAUGCAAUUUUUGUCAUCACUGUGGAGUGCAGUGAAGUAGGGCCAGACGGUGAGGACCACAUCCGAGUUGGGAAGCUGAACAUGGUUGACCUGGCUGGCAGCGAGCGCCAGAGCAAGACAGGCGCCAAGGGGAAGCGUCUGAAGGAAGCUGCCAAAAUCAACCUGUCCCUUUCUGCGCUGGGGAAUGUCAUUUCAGCUCUGGUGGAUGGGAAGAGCACCCACGUUCCAUACAGAGACUCCAAACUGACCCGCUUGCUCCAGGACUCCCUGGGUGGCAAUGCAAAGACCGUCAUGAUAGCAACAGUGGGGCCUUCGCACAAGAAUUUUGAUGAAUCCCUGGCCACGCUGAGAUACGCCAGCAGAGCCAAGAAAAUAAAGAACAAACCACGGAUUAAUGAGGACCCCAAAGAUGCCCUGCUGAGGGAGUUUCAGGAGGAGAUCGCACGCUUGAAAGCUCAGCUAGAGGAGCGGGGGAUGCUCGCAAAAGAGAGAAGAAGGAGGAGGAAUAGCAAAAGAUUGAGUAAAAGUUUGGCUGGCAUGGAGGAGGACAUCCUUAGAGAGAGGGAUGCUGAUGUGUGGAAGACUGUUGAAGAGGAACCAGAUGUGAACAUGAAAGAUGGAGGUGACAUCCCAAUAGUCCUGGCUUGCCAGGGAAGCAGUGAAAAGUUAAAGCACCUGAAUGAAAACAGAAGAAGCGUGGAGGACAUGCAGUGGGAUCAAGAUUCUGUGGAGAAGAUCAUAGAGAAAUAUAAGGCCAUGGAGAGCAAACUGUUAGUUGGGGGAAAGACUAUAAUCGAUCACACCAAUGAACAACAAAAAAUGCUUGAGCAGAAGAAACAAGAAAUUGCAGAACAGAUAAGACAAGAGCGAGAGAUCCAACAGCAGAUGAUGCUGCAGGAUGAGGAGACCUUGGAAAUGAAAGAAACAUACUCUUCCCUGCAGCAGGAGAUCGAACUUAAGACAAAGAAGCUGAAAAGAUUGUGUAACAAACUACAGGUACUGAAGGGAGAGAUGAAAGAAAUCAUUGACGAACACAUCACAACAAGACAGGAACUUGAACAGACGCAGAAUGAGCUCACCCGAGAGCUCAAGUACAAAUAUCUCUUGAUUGAGAAUUUUAUACCUCCCGAGGAAAAGAACAAAAUUAUAAAUAGGCUGUACUUUGACAGCGAGGAGGACCAGUGGAGACUCCGACCAGUUAUUCCAUCAGAGAGUACACCCACUCAGGUCAGGAGAAGGCCUCUCUCAGCUUUGGGCUACAAGAGGCCGGUCAGCCAAUAUGCACAGAUGGCUGUUGCCACAGCUACCGGGGCCCCAUCUCGAUACCAGGCUGAGAACAUCAUGCUUUUGGAGUUAGACAUGUCUCCCCCAACCAUGUUCACCUUAAAUCUUGAUGGUACUCACCUGGAGAGAGCCUUUACACCGAGGCUAAUACACGAUCCCCUGGCAAAUGUUUUCUUUAGAGAAAGGACUGCAUCACCAAGGGUCAGGAAAUCUAAGUCCUGGUAUCAGGCACCACAAGCAGCAUCUGUCACAUCAUCUUCUUCAUCCACCACUCUGACAUCAGAACCUCAGAACUUCUCUCCGGCUCAGAGACAAAGACCUUCCUCAGCUGCCUAUCUUCCACUGGGAAGUCCAACUCAGACAAGCCCCUGAUUUAUGUCGAUUACACCUGUAUUAUAGGGCCGGCCUUAAUUAAUGGUGGCACCAGUAACAUCUGGGACAGAUGGGGUGGGGUGAGGUGGCUAUAUGUCUUGACUUUAGAUUGCUUUAAUUUCUCUUAUGCAAAACGGUGAAGUAAGCAUGUGUUCAGCUUAACCCAGAAGAUAACCUUUAUUGAUUUUUUUCAAAAGCUUGACUCUUAAAAGUGAUAGUUUGCUGUCUGGCUUAAUAAGAUUUGGCUUUUUUCUUUGUUGCUUAAGCCAUGCAAUUUUCUUGGCUUACACUGCCCUAUCAAAAUAGCACAGACGAGGCUUUCAGGUUUCCAUAUUUUCAACUAAUAGGGGUGUAUUUUAGUCCAGUUUGUAUUUACUGAAUCU